AUGAUGUGUGAGAGCGAUAACGAAAGUGAGAACAAUUCGUCGGCUCACAUUUCUGUUUUUGAACAACGCGCAUACAUUAAAAUCGAAACGAUUCGUGGUAAAACAGUGCCUGAAAUUCAUGCCGCGUUAAAUGAAGUGUGUGGAACGGAUACUGUGGAUCGUAGUACGGUGCAAAGACGGCAUCAGCGAUUCCGUGAUGGUCGUAUAAGUAUUGAUAACAACCCUCGCUCUGGCCGACCCUCUACGGUUACUCAAGACAACACUAACGCGGCUAUUCUCGCAACUCUACUCGAUGAAGACCGACGAAUAACGAUAAGAGAGAUAGAGAAUGAAACAGGUAUUUCAAAGUCAAGUGAAAUAGCGACCAGAAAUCC